AUGGGAAGGAGUUGGCCGGGCCCAUCCCUCUGUCAGUGGCGGCUGCUGCUUGCUCCGGAGACCGCUUGCGCGGUGGCCGCCGAAGCUGGCAGACGGGGACGCAAGCGCCGGGCUCUGCCCGCUUCUUGCAGCUGUGAAUUCCUUUGGACAAUUGAUGAUAUUUAUCAUUGUGCCCAGUUUCUACACAUAAAAGAUGGGUGGAUUAUUUUCUCGAUGGAGGGUAAGUUAACAAAACCUUCAACUGUAGAAGUUCUGGAAAAUAUAGAUAAGGAAAUUCAAGCAUUGGAAGAAUUUAGGGAAAAAAAUCAGAGAUUACAAAAAUUAUGGGUUGGAAGAUUAAUUCUCUACUCUUCGAUUCUCUAUCUGUUUACAUGUUUAAUUGUAUACUUGUGGUAUCUUCCUGAUGAAUUCACAGCAAGACUUGCCAUGACACUUCCAUUUUUUGCUUUUCCAUUGAUCAUCUGGAGCAUAAGAACAGUGCUUAUUUUCUUCUUUUCCAAGAGAACAGAAAGAAAUAAUGAAGCUCUGGAUGAUUUAAAAUCCCAGAAGAAAAAAAUACUUGAAGAGGUCAUGGAAAAAGAAACUUAUAAAACGGCUAAAUUAAUUCUUGAAAGGUUUGAUCCAGACUCAAAGAAAGCAAAGGAGUUUGAGCCGCCAUCUGCUGGAGCAGCUGUAACUGCAAGACCUGGACAAGAGAUUCGUCAGCGAACUGCAGUUCAGAGAAACCUUUCUCCAACACCCACAAGCUCUAGCCAGGGCCCUCCUCCACAAGUUCCAGUAUCUCCUGGACCACCAAAGGACAGUUCAGCCCCUGGUGGACCCCCAGAAAGAACUGUUACUCCAGCCCUGUCAUCAAAUGUGUUACCAAGACGUCUUGGAUCCCCUGCUACUUCAGUGCCUGGAAUGGGUCUUCAUCCUCCGGGUCCACCUUUAGCAAGACCCAUUCUCCCCCGAGAACGAGGUGCUCUGGAUAGAAUUGUUGAAUAUUUAGUUGGUGAUGGUCCACAAAACAGGUAUGCCCUUAUAUGUCAGCAGUGUUUUUCUCAUAAUGGCAUGGCUUUGAAAGAAGAAUUUGAAUACACUGCUUUUAGAUGUGCCUACUGUUUUUUCUUGAAUCCUGCAAGAAAAACUAGACCUCAGGCUCCAAGACUUCCAGAGUUUAGUUUUGAGAAGAGGCAGGCAAUGGAAAGCUCAAGUUCAGUUGGUCCCUUGCCCUCAAGAAGUGUGAUUUCAUCAGAGAACCUGAUCAGUGAAGAAUCUGUAGAAGAACAAGAUGUUCUUGAUAGCAGUACAGAGCAGACAGAUGAGAAAAUAUCAGAUACAGAGCAGACAAACCAAGGGACUGAAAAAGUAUCUGGCACAGAGGAACCAGAGGAGAAACAAGAGGCCGUGAAUGAGGACGCCUCAAUGAAUGAAGCCAAAUCGCCAGUCCCCAGAGCUGAUUCUAUUCCUAAUCCUGAACUCAGUGGAGAAUCUUUGGUGGCCAUGUAGUAAAUGCUUCCAUGUGCCUUCAACUGGAUAUUUGUAGUCUUGUUGAUGUCAGUUAUUGCUUUCUAGGUGGUGCUUUUUUUUUCCCCCCCUAAGGAUAUGCUUGAUAUCAUUUGAAUUUAGAUUGCUUGGCUAUUUGAAUAUGUCAAAGUUGUAGCUCCUGAGUGUUAAAUUAAAGGCAAGUGAUAGCAGUAAAGUAAGAACCUUUGGAAUGUAUAAAGACCCACGCUGUUUAGCCAGCUUUUAGAUGUUUUCUUCUACUCUAAAAGUAAACAAAAUAGCAUUCUUGUUUUCUCUAUGUGUGACCUGUAAAUAAUACCAUUUUGACAUAGGAAGAACUUUGGUUGUGAGUAAGUUCUAAUGGUGUUCAUUUUAAGGAAUGAAACUCAAUUAAGAUUUUUAAUCAUUCAUCAUCAAAAAUGGAUAGAAUUUUAAUUCUUGAGAUAUUUGCAGGGGGCAAGUCUAUUUAGGCAUUUACAUUAAGUGGUAAGAAAGUUGUAACUGUAACUAUUUAGGCAUUGGUACGAAUUCUCAGUAAGAAUGCAAUUGAACAGUCAAGUGCAGUGUUUCUUUUUUGAUGUUUCUUAUUUUGCAGCUGGGCCAAAGGCACAUGAUGUAUAUAAUUAGCUUAUGUUUACAUAUUAACACAUAGGAAGUAUCUCUGCACUUGACUGUACUUGAAUUCUGAACAUUAUUUAUACUUGUAAAAUAAUGGUGAUAUAUAAGUGAAUUUUGUGCUCUUGCAUGUAUUUUGUUAAGGAAAAUAAAGGUGAUCUGGCAGCGGUUUCUUUUUGUUAAA